UGACCACAUGAUAUUCUCAUUCAAAAGAUUACACUUCAAAAUGAUAAUUAACUUGCCAAAACCCCCACUUCCAAAUACAAGUUUUCUCGCGGAUCGCAAUCUCCAACGGUCAAAAUCCUUAUCCCAAAACCUCAUCCAAACACUCCCUCCCUAUCUCUCCCUCCACCUCUCAUUCCCCUCCUCUCCUCCAUGCCAAUAGAAUUCACCCCAAAACCAGCAAAACCGCUCUAGGGAUAAGAUCAAACUCACAUAACAGACCCUCUUCUCUCCCAAGAUUGAGCAUUUUGCAGGUCCCAAAGAAGUACUGCAACCAUGUCUUGCUCAAAUCUUACCAUGUGGGUUUCCUCAAAACCUUCACUCUCUGACACUUCUUCUCUCUCCUUUCGCUCUUUCCUCAACCCUUUUCAGCUUCCAAACCAUAGUUCACCCACUUCCAACCCCUCUAGAUCAUCAGCAGUGAACCCAAUUCACUGUGGUCUUCGUGAGCUUCGUGAACGCAUUCAAUCUGUAAAGAACACCCAGAAAAUCACCGAGGCUAUGAAGCUUGUGGCCGCUGCUAAAGUGAGAAGAGCUCAAGAAGCUGUGGUCAAUGCUAGACCCUUCUCUGAAACUCUAGUUGAAGUUCUUUAUAACAUCAAUGAACAGCUCCAAACUGAAGACAUAGACGUUCCUCUCACCAAUAUCAGAUCAGUAAAGAAGGUGGCUCUGGUGGUUGUUACCGGUGAUCGUGGCCUUUGUGGUGGUUUCAACAAUGCAAUCAUCAAAAAAGCCGAAACCCGGAUUAGAGAAUUGAAAGGUCUUGGCGUUGAUUAUACUGUAAUCAGUGUCGGUAAAAAGGGUAAUUCAUAUUUUCUUCGUAGGCCUUAUAUUCCAGUAGAUAAGUUUCUUGAAGGUAGUUCUCUUCCCACUGCCAAGGAAGCUCAGGCGAUCGCGGACGACGUUUUUUCCCUUUUUGUGAGUGAGGAGGUUGAUAAAGUUGAGCUUUUGUACACCAAAUUUGUUUCAUUGGUUAAGUCUGAUCCAGUGAUUCAUACUUUGCUUCCAUUGUCACCAAAGGGAGAGAUUUGUGAUAUAAAUGGAAAUUGUGUUGAUGCAGCAGAGGAUGAGCUUUUUAGAUUGACAACAAAGGAGGGAAAAUUGACAGUUGAGAGAGAUGUUGUGAGGACUGAGACUGUCGAUUUUUCGCCUAUUUUGCAAUUCGAACAAGACCCAGUUCAGAUUCUUGAUGCUUUGUUGCCUCUUUAUCUCAACAGUCAAAUCUUGAGGGCAUUGCAGGAGUCACUGGCUAGUGAGCUUGCAGCUAGAAUGAGUGCCAUGAGCAGUGCAACCGAUAAUGCAAUGGAAUUGAAGAAGACUCUGUCUAUUGUGUACAAUAGGCAACGCCAAGCCAAAAUCACAGGAGAGAUAUUGGAGAUUGUUGCUGGAGCCGACGCCUUGGUUUAGUACUUUUUUUUUCUCUCUCUUUCUCUCUCUCCUAUGAUUCCCUGUAGGUAUUUUUGUGGGUACUUCAAUAAUAUGCUUGUCAAGAACAGUUGUACAGAGUAGGCACUUGUCAAUUGUAAUUCUCAACUGCGUACAAACUCUGUGCACUUUGAUUAGCCCAAUUUUAUUUCAAUACAUAUGGGCAUUCCUCUCAUAUUUGUAUGUUAAUUUUCAGCUGUGACUGUAAUAACUAUAUUGUUCAGAGUUUGAAAUUUAAGCACCUCAGGUUCUCUUUGUUGGUC